AUCACCAAUGAGAUUGUAAGACAGCUGAUGGAACAGAAAGGUUUCUACAAUUUGGAGAAGCCAGGAGAAUUCACGAAUGUGGUUGACAUCCAGUUUGUAGCUGCUAUGAUUCACCCUGGGGGAGGUCGGAACGACAUCCCACAGCGCCUGAAACGCCAGUUCACCAUCUACAACUGCACACUGCCUUCCAGUUCCUCUAUUGACAAAAUAUUUCAAACAAUAGCUGAAGGCUAUUUCUGUGAACAACGAGGUUUCCCUGCAGAAAUAUGUAAACUGGCUUCAGCAUUAGUAUCUACAACUCGAAAGGUUUGGCAGACAACAAAAGCGAAGAUGUUACCAACUCCCGCUAAAUUUCAUUACAUCUUUAACUUACGAGACCUCAGUCGUAUUUGGCAAGGAAUACUUACAGUUACUUCUGAAGUCUGCCAGAGCAUCAGUGUUUUGGUAGCCCUGUUCCAGCAUGAAUGCAGACGUGUUAUUGCAGACAGGUUCAUCAGCCAAAGUGAUAAAGACUGGUUUGAAGAUAUGAUGAAAAAGGUUGCUUCUGCAGAACAUAGUCAAAAUCUAUUUGAAGAUAAAUCCACAGAAUUAUACUUCGUGGAUUUCUUGCGUGAUGUCCCAGAAGCUACUGGAGAUGAACCUGAUGAUGCAGAGUUGAAGGCUCCUAAAAUUUAUGAGCCUAUCCCAUCUCUGGAUUAUUUGGCUGAAAGAUUACAGAUGUUAAUGCAACAGUACAAUGAAACCAUCAGAGGAUCAAAGAUGGAUUUAGUAUUUUUCAAGGAUGCAAUCAUCCAUUUGAUUAAAAUAUCACGGAUUAUUCGUACUCCACAAGGAAAUGCAUUGUUGGUGGGUGUGGGUGGAUCUGGAAAACAGAGUCUGACCAGACUAGCGUCAUAUAUUGCUGGAUAUGAGAGCUUUCAGAUUACUUUAACAAGAACAUAUGCCACCAAUAACCUUUUGGAUGAUCUGAAAAUCUUGUACCGCACUGCUGGGCAAAAAGGAAAGGGCAUUGUCUUUAUAUUCACAGACAAUGAAAUCAGAGAUGAAUCGUUUCUUGAGUACAUGAACAAUGUUUUGGCUUCAGGUGAAGUCUCAAACCUUUUUGCACGAGAUGAAAUAGGUGAAAUCACACAAGACCUGAUACCAGCAAUGAAGAAGGAGUAUCCAAGGCGUACUCCCACUGGUGAAAAUCUUUAUAAUUACUUUCUUGCUCGAGUUCGUAAUAACCUGCAUGUUGUUCUUUGUUUUUCUCCUGUUGGGGAAAAAUUCAGAACUCGUGCACUCAAAUUUCCAGGUCUGAUUUCAGGCUGUACCAUGGACUGGUUCCAGCGCUGGCCUAAAGAUGCUCUUGUAGCAGUUGCACAGCAUUUUUUAGUUUCCUACCAUAUUGAGUGCACAGAUGAAGUGAAACAGAGCGUUGUUAACACCAUGGGAACAUUUCAAGAUAUUGUAGCUGAAAAAUGUGUUGAAUACUUUGAACGAUAUAGGCGACGAACAUUUGUGACUCCAAAAUCUUACCUGUCUUUCAUUGGAGGCUACAAAGCUAUUUACAAAGAGAAGUUCGCCAAUGUUGGAAGUUUGUCUGAACGCAUGAGAACAGGUCUUGCAAAACUGAUGGAAGCUGAGGCUUCAGUAAAUCAGCUCUCCAAAGAGUUGGUGAUGAAGGAGAAAGAUUUGGCUUUAGCUUCAAAAAAAGCUGAUGAAGUUUUAUUGGAAGUAACUAUGAAAGCCCAAGCUGCUGAAAAGGUAAAAAUGCAGGUGCAAAAGGUAAAAGACAAGGCUCAGGCCAUUGUGGAUGACAUUGCCAUUGAUAAAGCAGCAGCAGAAGAGAAGCUUGAAGCUGCAAGACCUGCACUGGAAGAAGCUGAGGCAGCCCUGCAGACAAUAAAACCUUCUGACAUUGCAACUGUUCGCAAACUGGGUAAACCUCCUCACUUGAUAAUGCGAAUUAUGGAUUGUGUGCUACUUUUAUUCCAAAGAAAAAUAGACUCAGUAACACCUGAUCAAGAACGCCUAUGUGUGAAGCCAUCGUGGACUGAGGCUCUGAAGCUAAUGAAUAAUUCAGGAUUUCUUAGCAUGUUGCUUACUUUCCAGAGGGACUCAAUUACAGCAGAAACUGUGGAGCUUUUAGAGCCUUAUUUGGAUAUGGAGGAUUAUAAUCUUGAGACUGCUAAAAAAGUGUGUGGAAAUGUAGCAGGUCUUUGCUCAUGGACACAAGCAAUGGCUUACUUCUAUGGUAUUAAUAAAGAAGUUCUUCCUCUUAAGGUACUGUCUCCAUACUUGCCCCAUGUAGACAGACGCAGAGAGCAGGUAGAGGCACUGGGUGGAGCAGAUGUUGAGAAGAUUGUCUGCGUGGUUCCCCACAAUGCCAAUGGCAAGAAGAGGCUGAAGCUGCUGCUCUCACACAAGCCUAG